AUGUUAGUGAAAAAUAUUCUUGUGGAACUCAGAUCUCGUUUGAGAAGUUGUAAUGUUUACAUGACAACAAACAUUGAUUUUAGCAAGAAUUGUAACCUUAAAAUUAGUAUACAAGCUGACUGUAUAGUGCUUAAUUAUUAUAAUGACGGCUUCAAAAGGAGUGACAGCCUCUCAUCUAUAGAAAGUUUGUCAGAUUAUUCUGACGAUGAAAGCGAUUUGUCAUGCAAGAUUCCAAUUGAAGAAUUCUGCUACAUUAUACCAAAUUCAAUGUCAUGCCUCAAAGUUGAUAAAAAUACCAUAUCAUUUAGGAUUUUGACUGAACCAAAGAAUGGGGGUGGCUUCUAUUCUGAAUAUGUCUCAACAAACAGAAUUGAAAAUAAACAACAAAUGAAUAAUAUGAAAAUCAAUCUUAUAUCAAAUGAAAAUGUCAAAAUUGCUUGUGCAAACUGUUUAAACAUCAUCUCAAAUAACAUUGUGAAAUUUGAUAGAGUUCUAGAGUUACCAACAUCAAACUUGGAUAUGUCUGAAUGGUUCUGUCAUGGUCACGGACACGGUGACACAUCUGAUCCUGUUGUGUUAAAACCUAAUAAGCUAGAUUUUCUAUAUAGGUUAACAUUUUUUGUUAUUAACAAUAAUACAUUAUCUGAGAAAACAAACAAAUUCAAUUCCCGUCGUGAAAUAUACCACUGCAAUAGAUGUCUCGCUUGGCUUGGCUUAAAGAAAAAGGAUACCGUUCAGCUUUACAACUGUGAAGUUAAAAUAUUACAGAACAGUAUAGAAAAUUAUGCAUUUACUCAUAAAAAUAGUACAGAUAAUAUAAGCAUAGAUGAUUUUAUAUACACAAUAGAAAAUAUGAUGAAUGAAUUCAAUCUUGGGAUGCAGUACACAAUAAUGUAUAAGAUUGUUUUAGAGUGUUCAUUUUCGGCUACAAACAAACAGUAUUUAUUGAUUUGGAUUAUGGAUAAAGAACUACAAGUGUUGAGGAACAGUGAUGAGUCCAUUCUAAAUGAUAAAAUUAAAUUGCACUCAACUGUACUUACAAAAAUUCUGUAUAAAAUUGAAACUACAUUGAAUGACGAGGUUGAAACUUGGUUGGCUGACCCUAGUGUUAUUUCGACAGACAUAUCUAAAGGUAUGUUCUUGAGUGGUAUAGAUCAUUUACAGAAAAUGUCUUUAAAAGUACCAGAAAUGUUUCGCUUUACAAAUGGUUACUGUGUCAGCUACUUGAAGAUGUAA